GAGUCUAAAUCCCCUAGAUAAGUUAUUCCUUCAUCCAAUGCAUUCCACCUUAACUUCACCUCCGACGUUGACCGGCCUCGAUUUGCACCUUUAACGCUGAGCACCGAGCCUCCCACCGCACGCAUCACAUCACAGCACAGCACUCAUGUCGCGACAAUUCCUACUACCGGCGCGGUCGACUCUGGUCGCCAUCACACUCCUCCUCUUCACAUGGCUACACUCCGUCUCGGCGCAUGCCCAGAUAGUGUAUCCGGCAUGGCGAGGCAACACACUACGCGACGAGAUGCAAUGGGAAUUCCCAUGUGCCGGACAAGCCCUCACGACGAACCGUACAAAAUGGCCCGUUGACGGCGGCGCGCUGUCGGUCAUUCCCGGCUGGAACUCGGGCCACCCAACGUCCUUCUUCUACGUCAACAUAGGCUUCGGUACGGAUCCGAAGGUGAUCGACAACGUGGUCAAAACCGUCUUCCAGAUCACCGCUCCGUCAAGAGAUCCCUUCCCCGGCCAGUUCUGCUUUGCCGAUCUUUCUCUCCCAGCGAACGACUCCAUCCAGGUCGGCAACAAUGCAACCAUCCAGGUUAUCCAGAUUGCGAUGAACGGGGCUAGCCUUUACAACUGUGCGGAUAUAACAUUCGUCGAGCGCGGCCAAGAAGAUCCCAUGCCGGAGGGUAUGUGCACCAACAGCAGUACCAUCAGUUUCAACAGCGUUUUUGCCACCACAUCGGACGGACUUCACACCGCCGGCACACGCACCGGCAUCAUCAGCUUACUUUUCGCGCUUUCGGUGCUUGCGCAGUGGAUUCUGAUCUGAUCUAACUGCCGCUUUUUUUCCUUCUUCUUUCGAUCUCGGAGGGCGGUCAGAUCCUACCAAUCUGAGUGGCGCUCGAUGCAGCGUCGAU